CUGUGUAAAUGUGAACAGAAAAGAACAUAGUGACAAAGUUACGCUGGAUGCCCCCUGCUGCAAAUGAAAUGAAAUUCCAAAUCUGUCAUCAUAAUAAGUUCUUACCCUGUGACAGGCAGUCAUUGAUGAUUGAGAUAGUUGUUAUGGUCAUGUCCCUUUACAAGAUUAGUAUUGUAAAAUUAACAUGCAAGUCUUAGUAUGGACUAAGUUUGCUUGGUGUAUACUUUUUCUUGCAGUCUUGUGAAGUGGUUAGCCACUAAAGCAGCUUUACUAGAACGCGCUUUACAUGACUAUUUUCUUAAUUCUAUUUUGAAAUAUUUUCACCAAUGCAAGGGGUAUCAUCUGUACCAACUAAAUUGGCUUCCCUCACUAUUUUGAUGGUUGUAUUGGACUAUUGGUACUUGACGACAUCCGUGAAUCAGAUUAGAGAUUAUGUCAGGAUAUGGCAUAUGUCCCUUUUGUUUCAUGAUAUUCAAAUACUUCAUGUUAAAUAUUGGAGUAUUCACAUUCUAAUGGAGUUGACACCUCAUUUGCGUUUCACCUAUGCAAUCCAUAUAUAAUGGUACACUAUACCAUAAUUGAUAUAGAUACAUGUAUUUCACAAUGCUUAUGGGUGUAAAAUUUCAAUGAGAAGAGGGAAGAUGCUAAAUUUUGGAAGUAAGAUAUAGGCGUAGUCGUGAUUUAUGGAUUGAUAUGGGUGAAGAAUUGAAAUAAAAUAUGCUUUAAAAACAAUAAAAUUGGUCCUAAGAUUCUAUGCAGGUCUACUUUUUUGUGAAAUAUAAUGUUGUUUAUAUUUCACAACGGUGAAACAUAACAUUGGUUAUAACAUUAUAUUUUUUGUGAAUUGUUUUUUGGGGUCAGUUUGCCUAUGUGACACUAUAUAACAUUGGUUUACAAUGGUGUACUAUGGGCAUUUAAACUGUUGGAACUUAUGCCCAAACUUUGCCUUGUUAAUUGGGUGCAUCUUUACCAGAAGUUGGAGGAUAUUCUCACCAUUAUCACCAUAGUUGAAUCAUGUAUCUGGGAGCUUCAAAUAAGCACACAAUAACAUAUUUCGUAAUUUUUUGUUGUCAUAGCUCCCUUGAUAUUUUAGAAUUGAGUUUGUUGUUUUGCAACCCACCUUUAUUACAGGGUACUAUAAGACUAGGUGUAUAGCUGCUUUGAGGCAUAUCUGGAGCCUUCUAUCAGCCAUUAGAGAUCUGUAUUUUUUUGGAAGGCCAUAAUUUAAUGGAGACUCACUGGCAAUUAUGCUGAUAACCUCUUUUUACUUUGGCAGGUGAAUAAUAUUAGUGGUUAUCUUCCGGGACGGAUUGUAUUCUUCUUGGUAAAUAUGCAUUUGACACCCCGUCCAAUAUUGCUUACAAGACAUGGAGAAAGCAUAGACAAUGUCAGAGGCAGAAUAGGGGGUGAUACUGUGUUAAGUGAGGCUGGGGAACUGUAUGCCAAGAAGCUUGCUAAAUUUAUGGAUAAAAGGCUGAAAAAUGAGAGGGCUGCAUCUAUAUGGACUAGCACUUUGCAAAGGACGAUUUUGACAGCUGGCCCAAUUGUUGGAUUGCCUAAGAUACAAUGGCGUGCACUUGAUGAAAUAUAUGUUGGUGUAUGUGAUGGUAUGACCUAUGAAGAAGUAAAGAAGAAUAUGCCCGAAGAAUAUGAAUCACGGGAGAAGGACAAACUAAGGUACAGAUAUCCCCGAGGAGAAUCGUAUCUGGACGUUAUACAGAGGCUAGAGCCUGUUAUCAUUGAACUGGAGCGUCAAAGAGCGCCUGUUGUGGUUAUAUCUCACCAGGCUGUCUUGAGAGCUUUAUACGCUUAUUUUGCUGAUAGGCCCCUCAAAGAAAUUCCAAACAUAGAGGUACCACUUCACACGAUAAUAGAGAUACAAAUGGGAGUCACUGGAGUCCAAGAGAAGAGAUACAAACUAAUGUAGCUCUGCUUAUUGUGUCUGUGGUUAGUUGAUGUUUUGGUGCUUAUUAUUAUGAGUCCGGUUAUGUUGAUACCAAAGUGCCAGUGUCAUAAUAUGACAUAGUUCAUUGUGAGAGCUCUACGAUGCUUUGUUUGAAAGCUUUUCACCUCUAAUCCCUAUAAAUCCAUCGAAUUAAUCUGCCCCUUGCCCCCUGCCCUGCCCCCUAUGGGUGAAAAUCAACUUAUCAAAUACUCAUUUGACAAGUGAGUCUAGGGGGUUUGUAGGGAUUAGAGGAUUGGGACUACUCCACUUCGAAGCGAACGAAACAUUGUAGAACCUUCAGAUGGAUAUGGUGUGAUGAAUGAGUAAAAAGAACCUUGGUGU